AUGAAACAAUAUGCACGUAACGCGUACACACCCACAUUGGCCCCACUUAAGCAUCAUUAUCCAGCCGUUGGAUGUUUUAAAGACACUCUCGAGAUCUGUACCGAAAAUGACAAACAAGAACACGAAUCACGAGGAGCAUUUUUAGAGAGAAGUAAGAAAGACAUGACCCGCGACGCUUGCUCAUCAAAAUCAACCCCCACCUAUCGUGCCGGCGACAUGUCUGUUGGACACUUGGAGACUACAUACACAUUCCAAUAUUCAGCCAGCCAGCAAAUCGAUUAA